CAACAUAAGCAACAGAAAACAAGACCAAUCCAUAAAAAAAUAUCGUGUGAUCGAGCUAUCUUUCUGGAUUUGUUUUUAGUUUUAUAAUGGCUUGCAAAACUCUUACAUGUUCAGCAGCUUCUCCUUUAGUAGUUAAUGGUGUUACAGCGUCCUCUAGGAGUAACAACAGGGUAGCUGCGCCUUUCUCUGUUUUCUUUCCAUCCACAUGCAACGUGAAAAGGCCAGCGUCUAGGCUUGUAGUUGAGGCAACUGGAGAUAACAAAGAUACUUCAGUUGACGUGCAUGUCAGCAGCGGUCAAGGAGGAAACAACAACCAAGGCAGUACUUCUGUCGACCGCCGUCCUAGGAAGAUGUCUCUUGAUGUCUCCCCUUUCGGAUUGUUAGACCCAAUGUCUCCGAUGAGAACAAUGCGGCAGAUGAUGGACACUAUGGACAGACUGUUGGAGGAUACCAUGACAUUCCCAGGAAGGAACAGAUCAUCAGCAGUAGGGGAAAUACGUGCUCCUUGGGACAUCAAAGACGAUGAAAAUGAAAUCAAGAUGCGUUUUGACAUGCCGGGGCUCUCUAAAGAUGAAGUGAAGGUAUCUGUGGAAGAUGAUUUGCUUGUCAUCAAAGGCGAAUACAAAAAGGAAGAGACUGGAGAUGACAACUCUUGGGGCAGGAAUUACAGCUCCUACGAUACUCGUUUAAGUCUCCCAGAUAAUGUUGAGAAAGAUAAAAUUAAAGCUGAACUGAAGAAUGGAGUCCUUUUCAUCUCAAUUCCGAAGACCAAAGUUGAGAAGAAGGUGAUUGACGUGCAAAUCAACUAAAAAGUUGAUGGUUUUCGGUUUUCUUCUUGUUGUUUUUUUGUAACAUUCUGUAAAUGUAACUUGGCGCAAAUAUUUAUACGAGUAUAGUUUUAGCUA